UCACGUUUAUAUCCAAAUUCGAGGUGGCAAAGACUAUUAAGAAAUGUGAACUAUAACUUUAGUGGAAAUUGUGAUGAGGCUUAUCGUUUUAAACAAUAACACUACAUUUAUAACAUAAAAAUGUCCCAGAAUUUAACAUAUGAAAAAAGUAGUACAAAUACUCGUAAGAUUAUUCAAGAAGGUGACUUCAUUAUUAUUAGACGACAAGAUGCAUCGCGACUUGUGCAAGUGGAUAAGUACAAAGCUGCAUUUCUUGGAAAACAAAAACUUUUCUUAGGAGGAAUUAUUGGAAAACCAUAUGGAUCCUCUUUUGAAGUGAAAGGGUCAGAUCUUCAUUUUGUGGAUCCAGCCAAGUCAAGAUUUCUGUGUUCAUCCGUAGCUAUUGCUGAGGCACAAACUAGAGACAAUAGAUUUUUGGUUGAUGAUGGUAAGUCUCAAAAACUUACAAAAGAACAGAUUGAAGAACUGAAGACAGGAGGAGUGUCUGGAGAGCAAAUAGUAGAAAACUUGGUGGAAAACAGUACAACUUUUAAAGAUAAGACACAGUAUGCACAAGCAAAAUAUUUAAAGAAAAAGCAAAAAAAGUAUAUCAACCAUGUGAUUAUUCUUGAACCAACUACAAGAUUGCUUUCAGAAAUGUAUUUCUCUCAAGGUCCAUUAAAAAUUUGUAACCUUCGAGUAGACUCUCUGGCUCAGAUGUUGGCCAUGUGUAAUGUAAUGUCUCGAGGAAGAUACGUUGUUUUCGAUUCAUGUUUUGGACUUUUAACUGCAGCAGUUCUAGAAAGACUUGGAGACAGUGGAUGUGUAGUUCAGGUGUAUCCAGGUCCAGGACCCACAAGUUCAUUUCGUCAAGCUGUUUAUGCACUGAAUCUUGCACAAGAGCAGCUGAAGAAACUAUUAGUUGGUCUGCCUGUGACUGAAGCUGCUAGACUAUUGCUGCCACCUAGUAAUGAAGUGAUUAAUCAUGACAAACAUGUUGUACCAAAGAUUACUGGUGAUAGUAAAGAAAAUUCAGUAGAAGUUAAUGCUAGGGAAGAAGCAGAAGAAAAAGAUGAAUUUACCAGUGUUGUAGAUAUGAAGGAUUGUGAGGUUGAAGAUAAAUAUGAAUCACAAGCUAAUAAGAGUGCAAAGGAAGAAGCCAAAGCAGACAGAAAGGCACAACGUAUGGAUGAGCAAAAAAUUGCUAAGGAAAUUUUAGCUGUGAAAAACAUGGAUGGCUUGUUAGUUGUCAGUAGACAUCAUCCCACAAAUAUAGUUCUCACACUGUUGGAGUUUUUGGCUCCAUCACGCCCUUUUGCAGUCUUUUCCCUGUACCAGCAACCACUAGUGGACUGUUACAGAAAACUGAAAGAUAAAGGAGAAACUUUAUUUUUAAAACUAACAGAAACAUGGCUGAGAUCAUACCAGGUUCUACCAGAUCGAACACAUCCAGCUAUAAACAUGAGUGGUAGUGGAGGUUAUCUGUUAACUGGGAUUAAAGUAGAACCUUUACAAACCCAUAAGAAAUCGUGAUCCAACGUUCUGUCAGAAUUGCAAGUGAACUACAUCAUUUCGGGAAACAAGACUGAAGUAUGCAGCAACAAAGGAUUAAAAUUAUUAAAAUGUUUAAGUUCAGAUCUGUUAAAAAUCUUCUCUAAAGAUAUAUACCAUGAAAAAAACUUUCAAAAACAAUUUGCAAGAUAUAAUUUUUUUCUUUUGUCAUAAAAACUUUUUUGAAGUAUAAAACGUGUCAUGUUGUAAAACAAUUUUUUUAAAUUUUCAAGAAAAAAAAGUAACCAUUUUCGUGAAUUUUAGUAAAUGUUUUUGUUUUAUUAUUGUAAAUAAUCCAUCUAAAAGGGUUUUACUGAACUUGGUUCAGUGUUUAUUCAGUAGUUGAAAACCAACAUUUGGAAUUGACAGACUUUCAUUAGGUAGGUCUCAUUACAUUCAACUGAUGGAGCCUGUGUUUCUAAAUGUUUGCAAGAAAUGCCAGUUACUGUUAGUAAAGUACAGAGUACCAGCUUUCAUACAACCAGAUUUUAACUAACAGUGUCAAAGCAUAUUUUAUGAAUACAUUCUGGUUACACUUAACAGAAAUGUAAUUAUUUAUAAUUUCAGUAAAAGGCUUUUGAUUAUUUCGCUGUGUGAUACCAGUUGAAAGUCAUUUCGUGAUUCUAAGAAAUCUAUUCAUUGUAUGUUGUAUAUUUUGAGGUUCAUUCCCACAUCAUAAAUCACUAAUUAAUUUGUACAAGAACACCCAUAUCCUGACUUAGAUUUUAUGUAAUGUUCAGCAUUUUAACAUGCUCACUGAAUUUUUUAAAAAUUAUGUAAUGAAUUCUCAGUAUCGGUAUUAAUGUGAUCCACGGGGGAGGUGGGGGUAAUUGAACUUAGUGAUUAUUAUUCUGUACAUGUAAAUGUGUGUAAGUUAGUAUUUUUGUGUAUAAAGUCUUGGAAAGAAUAUUGCUUAGAGGAUUUUAUUUGAGAUCUGUAUGCUAAAACAGAUGCUUGGUCCUAACUGCUAUAAUUUUCUAAAAGAUCGGACAUAAUUCAAGAAACGUAAAUGCUUUUGUAUAAUACAGCUGUAUUAGUAUGUGGGUAAGGAAUGUAUGUGUGUGUGUGUUUGGUUGUACAUACACUCAUUUAUAACUUUAAAAUUUAAAUAGUCUCAUUUGAGUCUUGAGUUAGACAUACAGAGAAUUGAAUUGAUUUUUGUUAUCUGUGUAAAACUGACCAACCAUCAUGGAAUAUCAAGAUUGAUUUCCCGUUGGCCGGAGUGAAUAAAUGAAUGAAACAUA